AUGGAAGAAGACGAUCCUGUCGUGCAAGAGAUCCCUGUGUUUUUAUCACAGGCAUUAGCAGAUAAUUUCUAUAUAUAUCAAUAUCCGGUAAGACCAGCUAAUAGAGAUUGGAAGGAAAUCAAAGUGAAGAAUGUGUCGAUAAAGCCUAAAAAUCAAAUUGUAAGGAUCGAAGUUGGUCUUGAUACUUAUAGCGAUAAAUAUUGCCCUUCUAAGGGUGAGCAAAUUGCAUUAAACACGGAUGGUCAACAGGAAUCAAGGUAUUUAAAGGAUAAAGAAAGAGAAAAAUCACAGUACUUCAAGAAUGGUUUUAUGGACAAGAUUGUCUAUGAAAGUAGUACACCAUGUAUGGAAACCAAACAUUAUGCUGUGGCUUUAUUGCAAGAUAAGGAACUACACUGUACUCCUGUCAAAGGUAUUGUUCAACUCAGACCAUCUUAUGGAUAUUAUGACAAACAAGAUAAAAGAAAGCCUGACAAGAAUAAGACUGAUUCCGAUGAUGAGGAUAAAGAGCCCGAAGCCCAACAGGUCACAGUAAAAUUUGCACGACAGGAGACUGAAGUAGCUAAGAAGGCACGCGAAAAGUCUUUUGAAACAAUAUCUCAGCGUAUUUCAGAAGAGCCUUGGUAUGAUGCUCUAUGGAAACAAUCGGACAGUGACUACGCUGAUUUGGAGCGUCUCAAACUAUUCAGUGCAAACACAUCAGAUGGGUCAUCUCUGACUUUGCCACAUAGUGAAUAUGUGCGUGCGUUGGUUCCCCCACCUCCGCCGGAUGAAGCCGAUGUGGCACCUACGAAGCGUGCAACUCUACAAGAACAAAUCAAAGAGAUUCUUAUCACUGCGAAACUGAUGACAUUUGGCGAGCUGCGCAGUCGUCUACAUUCGAGUGAUGGUGGGGUAGGGGGUGUGGGGGAAACGGCCAUUCUGACCGCGCUGGGGGGUGCGGCGUGCUGCGUGCGCGGGCUGUGGGCGCCGCGCUCCGCUGACCUCUACACCAGAGCAACUCCCGCGCCGCCGCAUCUUAUGUGCGCUGCUAGAGACCACGUCCUGUAUUUGUUUACGCAACACCCUUAUGUAGAUAGACGUAAGGUGUCAGCUGCAGUCCGUCUCCCACCCUCAGACGUACUGGAAAUAAUACAAUCUGUCGCAAAAUUUAACUCAAGAACAGGUUGGGAGCUCCUCUUACCUCCGGAUACCGCGUUUGAAACGAGAUAUCCAGAUAUAGUCCAGAGACAAAACUUGUACUGGGAAGCUCGUCAGCGUCAAUUCAAUGAUAUGUUGAUAGGUGAAAUCUCCAAAAGGCAGAGGAAGAAGUCUCAACGUGACUCAGUCGGUUCUGAUACUAUGCUGAGUCCGAAACCAAGGUGUAAUAGUGUUAGUGAAGACGAUAGUGAUCGGAAACGGCACAAGAAUAAAUCUGCAACUGGCACUGGUAAACGGACGCGUAAUAUCAGUUCUAGUAGUGCUCAAGAUGCAACGUGA